UUUCAACCAGAAAAUGUGAGGGGCAGAGUAUUCACCCUGACAAACAACUGCCCCUACACUGUAUGGCCAGGCAUCCUAACAGGAGCAGGAGGUCCUUCCUUAGAAGGAGGAGGCUUCACCCUAGCAACCGGUGAAUCCCAGUCACUUAACCCACCUGACAAUUGGUCCGGCCGGUUGUGGCCUCGAACAGGCUGCACCUUCGAGGCCCUAGAAGGCCCUGCUACCUGCUCAACAGGUGAUUGCGGCGGCCUCCUCCAAUGCAGCCAAGUGGGAGGGGUCCCACCAGUGACCCUAACAGAAUUCACGCUGGCAGAUGACGUGGACUUCUAUGACGUCAGCCUCGUCGACGGCUACAAUGUUCCACUGAGUAUUGAGACUCUUGGAGGCAGGGGCGACUGCAGAGCAGCAGGGUGUUGGAGUGAUUUGACAGACACGUGUCCACCGGAGCUAGCUGUGAAUGAGAAUGGACGGGUUGUGGCCUGUAAGAGUGCUUGUGAGGCGUUUGGAAGCCCUGAGUAUUGUUGUACAGGGGAGUUUGGGAGCCCUCAGACUUGUGGGCCUUCUGCUUAUUCACAGACGUUUAAGACUGCUUGUCCUGCUGCUUAUAGCUAUGCUUAUGAUGAUGCUACUAGUACUUUUACAUGCACUCAAGCAGAUUAUCAAAUCACUUUCUGCUCCUAAGGUUUGAAGUAGACCAAAUUAUAUAAUUUCCGUUUGUCAUUUCCUUUGAAUGACUUUCAGAUAUGAGUUUUGAAGUGUUUUUAAAUUAAGGUAAGCGGUUUUUAUCAGAAAUAGGUUUUGAGAAGAUCUCAAAAUUUUUUACAACAAAAAUAUCAUCAUGGAUCAAGAAA